AUUCAUGUUAGCACAAACGUGUUGUUGACGUUAAUGGGAGCGGUUCUUGUGACCUUGGCGACCGGCGCCCACGGACGGUCGCCUUAAUUGCCUGCACCCUUACUGACGCCUUUAAACGCACAUAACUGCCACAAUGAAUUGGUCGCAAAUGCAUUCCCUCGCUAAGAGUAACACUUCUUUCGAACCAUAGGAGGCCCAUCACCCCGGCAACUUAGGUACAAGCCCUCAGUGGCCUGCGCGGCCUCUUCAGGCCAACACUAACGACAUGAAUUCACUUAAACUCUCAACGAAAGCACAAGAUCCAACCGUCUGCUGCGCCCCCAGCUGCGCUCCACCCGAGUUGACUCACGAAGCCCAGCAGGCUUCGGCCCUCAGCCCCAACACAACGACUACCGGCAUGCCUCCCGCAUCUGCAGCUGUACCCCCCAGCCAGCCCCAAGCAGUUGCUCCUCCCGGCCAGCCUCAAGCAGCUGUGCCUCCCAGCCAGCCCCAAGCUCCCGGCUGGGGUGCCUGGGAGCAGCGCGAGUUCCUGUUCGCACACCGCGACUGGCAGGCGGUGUCUGACUUCCUAGCAGCGGUGGUGCGGGGCAACGCCAG